CUGGCUUUUUUUUUCCAAAGCAUCGUGGUUGACAUCAGUUCAGACGCGUAUUUUACUUGUUAUAUUGAAGUGAAGAAAAAUUAUUUUGUUUAAAGAAAAAGUGUAAAAAGAAUUUUUAGCAAAAAUCUUGCAGCGGCAUCAAAAGAGUUUUCAUUGUAAAACGAAAAAGAGAAAAAAUUUAAAAAGCGAAAAAAAUUAGACGGAAAGGAAAAGUAAUGGCAGCCGACCAAUUUCAACAACUUUUAAAUUCUUUUUUGUCGAACGAUAAUGAUGUUCGUCAACAAGCCGAGGAGGCUUAUAAUAAUGUGCCACGCGAACUGAAGGUUACUCAUCUUUUGGCCACCAUACAUAAUGGUCAGCAAUCAGAAGAGACCCGUCACAUGGCUGCUGUACUCUUGCGUCGUUUAUUCACAUCGGAAUUCUUAGAAUUCUAUAAAGAGUUGCCGCAAGAAUCUCAAGCUCAGCUAUUGCAACAAAUCCUACUGGCCAUACAACAGGAUGUUACGCCGAGUCUGCGACGUAAAUUUUGCGAAGUUGUCGCCGAAGCAGCUCGGAAUUUUAUAGACGAGGAUGGCAACAAUCAAUGGUCUGAAAUAUUGCAAUUUUUAUUUCAAUGUGCCAACUCUCCAUCAUCGCAAUUGCAAGAGUCCGCCUUGCGUAUAUUUGCAAGUGUACCAAAUAUAUUUGGCAAUCAAGAAGCUCAAUACUUGGAUUUAAUUAAGCAAAUGUUGGCUAAAAGUAUGGAUCCGUCCGCCGAUGUCGAGGUGCGCCUUCAAGCUGUACGAGCUAUUGGUGCAUUUAUUUUGCGUCACGAUAAAGAAAAAGAUUCGGUCUUAUAUAAGCAAUUCGCCGAUUUAUUGCCACGCAUGAUUAUGAUAACAGCCGAGACAAUCGAACAACAAGAGGAUGAAUCACUGCUUAAACUUUUAAUCGAUAUGACCGAAACGUGUCCGAAAUUUUUACGAUCACAAUUGGAAGUCAUUUUCGAGAUUUGCAUGAAGGUAUUCAGUUCGCAGGAUAUCGAAGAUAACUGGCGUCAUCUAGUACUUGAAGUUAUGGUUUCGUUGUCGGAAAAUGCUCCAGCUAUGGUGCGUAAACGUGCUGAGAAGUAUAUAGUUUUGCUGAUUCCAUUAAUUUUGCAAAUGAUGACCGAUAUGGAGGAUGACGAAGAAUGGGCCACCUCCGACGUGGUCAGUGAUGAUGAUAAUAGCGACAAUAAUGUUAUUGCCGAAUCAUCCUUGGAUCGUUUGGCUUGUGGUUUAGGUGGUAAGACGGUUCUGCCUCAUGUUAUGAAUGCGUUGCCUGGCAUGUUAAGCCAUAGCGAUUGGAAGCAACGUUAUGCAGCCCUAAUGGCUAUAUCGGCUAUCGGUGAGGGUUGCCAUAAACAAAUGGAAGCGAUGCUAGAUCAUGUUAUGGUUGGCGUUUUAAAUUUCCUACGUGAUCCACAUCCACGUGUUCGCUAUGCUGCCUGUAACGCGAUAGGACAAAUGUCGACAGAUUUUGCUCCGACAUUUGAAAAGAAAUUCCACGAUCAAGUGGUUCCCGGUUUAUUGUCUUUGUUGGACGAUGUGCAAAAUCCUCGGGUGCAAGCGCAUGCUGGAGCUGCACUCGUCAAUUUUUCGGAAGAUUGCCCAAAGCAAAUUUUAACCCUUUACCUGGACGCAAUUAUGGCCAAGUUGGAAACAAUUUUGAAUUCGAAAUUCAAGGAAUUAGUCGAAAAGGGCAAUAAACUGGUGUUGGAGCAAGUAGUUACAACAAUUGCCUCAGUGGCCGAUACGUCCGAAAAAGAAUUUGUCAGUUACUACGAUCGCUUAAUGCCAUGCUUGAAAUUUAUUAUACAAAAUGCUAACUCGGAGGAUUUGCGUAUGCUAAGAGGUAAAACAAUUGAGUGCGUAAGUCUUAUUGGUUUGGCCGUGGGACGGGAUAAAUUUAUUACCGACGCUGGCGAAGUUAUGGAUAUGUUGUUGAAGACGCAUACGGAAGGUGAUCUACCGGAUGACGAUCCUCAGACGGCUUACUUGAUUACUGCAUGGGCUCGCAUGUGCAAGAUAUUGGGCAAACAAUUCGAGCAAUAUUUACCGUUGGUCAUGGGCACUGUUAUGCAUACGGCCGCAAUGAAACCCGAAGUAGCUUUAUUGGAUAACGAAGAGGUCGAAGAUAUUGAGGGUGAUGUCGAUUGGUCCUUCAUCAAUUUGGGCGAACAGCAAAAUUUUGCAAUACGCACAGCUGGCAUGGAGGAUAAAGCUUCAGCUUGUGAAAUGUUAGUCUGUUAUGCGCGGGAACUGAAAGAGGGCUUUGCUGAUUAUGCCGAAGAAGUUGUGCGUUUAAUGGUACCCAUGUUAAAAUUCUAUUUUCAUGAUAGCGUACGUACAGCAGCCGCUGAUUCGUUGCCAUAUUUAUUGGAUUGUGCCAAAAUUAAGGGUCCCCAGUAUUUGGAGGGCAUGUGGUUAUAUAUUUGCCCCGAAUUAUUGAAAGUUAUUAAUACUGAGCCCGAAACUGACGUGCAAUCGGAAAUGCUUCAUUCCUUAGCCAAGUGCAUUGAGACAUUAGGACCAAAUUGUCUGAACGAAGACGCCAUGAAGCAGGUACUCGAGAUCAUUAGUAAAUAUAUGACGGAACACUUCGAGCGAGCUGACAAGCGCCUUCAAGCCCGCAAUGAGGAGGACUACGAUGAUGGGGUUGAGGAAGAACUAAUCGAACAAGACGAUACUGAUACAUAUUUAUUAUCGAAAAUUGUCGACAUAAUACACGCCCUUUUCAUGACGAAUAAAACUCAAUUUUUACCGUAUUUCGAUCAGAUAGCGCAACAUUUCAUAAAGCUGAUGGAUCCGGCACGUUCUUGGUCUGAUCGCCAAUGGGGUUUAUGCGCAUUUGACGAUGUAAUCGAGUAUUGUGGCCCUGCUUGUGUUGCCUAUCAGCAAUUUUUCACACCCGCCCUCUUGCAAUAUGUUAACGAUAAAAGGCCGGAAGUGCGGCAAGCAGCUACAUACGGUUGUGGUGUUUUGGCUCAAUACGGAGGCGAACAAUUUGCUGUCACUUGCGCACAAAUCAUUCCGCUCUUGGUGCAACUCAUCCGAGAUCCAAAAAGUCGUGAACCCGAACAUAACAGUCCCACGGAAAAUGCAAUUUCUGCUAUUACCAAAAUAUUGAAAUACAAUAAAACGGCUCUUCAGAAUGUCGAUGAAAUUAUUAGUGUUUGGUUCUCUAGCUUACCAGUAACUGAAGACAGCGACGAAGCUCCGCAUAUUUACGAUUACAUGUGUGAUUUAAUACAAGCCAAUCAUCCCGUGAUCUUGGGUGCUAAUAAUUGCAAUCUGCCCCGCAUUGUCUCAAUUAUAGCCCAGGCAUUCCUUCACAAGUUGAUAGAAUCAACUCCCGAAUUGGGCCAACGUAUGCUAAGUAUUGUAAAACAAGUUGAGUCCAAUUCCGAAGUCUUCCAGGCUUGUGCCAGUCAAUUGACACCCGAUAUGCAAUUAGCGUUGCAAGAGGCCUAUCGAGAGUUAUCGGCAAAAUCAUCCCAAUGUUAAUUAUCACGAUGAAUGUACACGACGACGCAUUAUAUCUAUCGAGUCCAAAAACAUCGGCUCUGGAGAACCUCUUAAUUUGUUUUUUUUUUUUAUUUUUUUUUUAUUUGUUUUGCAUUUUCAAAAAUGCGCUUAUAUUACAAUUAAUAUAUUGAAACUUAACGUGUUUAGAUAUAAACAGACAGACGACGAAACGGUACAUACAUAUAAACAUGAACGCAUACAACUCGUAUAUAUAAGUUUGCGGUUCGUAUAAUUUUUUUUUUUUUUUUCCUUUUAUAAAACGGAUUCAGCAACAACUGAGGCUGCAAGACUUCGCUAUUAAGGGUAAAUUCGCUUUAAAGUUAAUCAUCAUCAUAUUUCGGCAAAACAAAACAAAGCAAGACAACAACAAGAUAUUCUCUUCUCCUAACAACAGACCUCAUUUAUAAUUUA